AACAGCUGUUUAUUGAAUAAUUGUUCUACGUUUGUUUACCUUAAUUGUUAAAUUAAAUGUGGCAAGGAUUGAGAGCAACGCCUGCUCGACUGGCGCGGCAGUAUACGACGAAAGCAAAGCGGAGUGUACUGUCACAGGAUCAGAGUAAAAUCAAAGAUUAUGAGCCCAAGGUAUCAGGCACACACACCACGCGCGUUUAUGUAUGGGGUUUUCAAGAGACCGGUGCGCUAGGACUGCAGACGAAUGUGAAGAAGGCACAGGAGCGAUAUACAGAAAUGGUGCAUCAUCCCACGCGGCUGCAGUUCUCGAACAACAAUGAUAUAACCGAUGUGACUGCCGGCUAUGGAUUCACAGCUUACGCCGUAAAGCGCUCAGAUGGUGAAACGCUCUUUGGCAGCGGACUCAAUACAGACUCACAGCUUGGUUUUCAAGUCAAAGGCAAUCCGAAAGAUCCAGCCAAUCUGGAUGUUAUCAUCUACCCCACAGCCAUCAAAUUGCCGCGCGUGGCAGGCGAGAGCGAUGAGGAUAUGCAAGUGCGCAGCAUGUCGGCGGGCAGAGCACAUCUCGUUGUGGUUACACGCAAUGGCACAGUCUUUACCAUGGGAAACAAUUCCUAUGGUCAAUGUGGACGUGAAAUUAUAGAGGAUGAACGCUAUAGCAGCAGCUCCUUAAUACAUAGAAUACCGCAGGCGAGCAUCUGCGGGGAAGAGGAUGAAAUUGUGCAUGUGGAGUGUGGACAGGACCAUACUAUGUUUUUAACAAAACUAGGUCGCGUCUAUAGCUGUGGCUGGGGUGCGGAUGGGCAGACAGGUCAAGGCCAUUACCAAACAGCAGGCGAAAUCAAGCUGCUUGCUGGUGACAUUCAAAAGGAGCGCAUAGUGCGUCUGGCCUGUUCGUCUGACUGUGUUUUAGCAUUAAAUGAGCACGGCGAUGCAUUUGGCUGGGGCAACUCUGAGUAUGGACAGCUGGAUGAUUCAGCCGAAGCUGCCACGCAGAUAAAUACACCUAAAGCACUGACGCUUACCAAGGGCAUGGGUCGCAUUAAGGAUGUAGCUGCUGGCGGUUCCUUUUGCAUAGCUCUAAAUAGUGAGGGACUGGUCUACACUUGGGGCUUUGGCAUACUGGGCUUUGGUCCGUAUGUGGAGCAAACCUCGCGCCCACAGCAUUUGUUGCCGCCUCUGUUUGGACGCAAUGAUUUUAGCAAUGAGGCUACUGUAGUGUCCAUAGGCUGCGGUGUGUUUCAUAUGGGCGCCAUUAAUUCGGAUGGCGAUUUAUUUAUGUGGGGCAAGAAUCGCUUUGGCCACUUGGGCUUGGGCCACAAAAAAGAUCAGUUUUUCCCCUUCAAAGCGGCCAUAAAUGGCAAAGUGCUAAAAGUCGCCUAUGGCGUAGAUCAUACCAUAGCUUUAUGUAAACCAUUUAUAUAAGAAAAGAUAAAUAUAGUCGUUGUUUAAAGAUCACAAAUUCUUGUUUUUUUUAUACAUUUAAAUCGUUUAAAGAACAUUGAUAUUAAUUUUAAUGUUUGUAACUGUUCAAUGUAAAUAGCGUUUGUAUUUUGUAUUUGUUUUUUCGAUUCCAUUUCUAUACAAUAAAUUUUAGCACGGGCAUGCAUUAGCUAAUAGAGUUUGGUUUAAAGAGUAUAUUAUAUAAAAUAUGUACUUGGAAUUGUAUGCAUUGAUUUUGAGAGUGUGUGUG